UGACGUGAAGGCGGGAGAUGCUCCCGCUGUGGCGGCUGUUGCCGGGCAGCGGCGCGGCCUAAAGGGAAGCGCUGAGGGGGAGCCAUGCAGAACAGGAGGCAGCGGGGAUCGGCCGCAAACACGGGGGGAACCCGGCGGCGUCGAGCUCCCACUGACAUCCCCGCAUCCACCAGCCUGCCGCCUCUAGUGGAGGGUCCUCCUCGCUGCGUCCUGUGCUGCACCGUGGGUAGAAUCGUGUGGACGGCCUCCAAACCGCCCUCUACCACCGUCCUCGUCCGCUUGAGGUGGUGGGGUGAGACUUCGGACGGUACCGUGUUCCAGCCCACCACGAAGCCGGGGCAGGCGGAGGCCAGCAGCCGAUAUGAUGUGCGGUGUGGGCCUCGGCAGCUUGCGGCCUAUCUCACAGAUAUGGGCAUGCUUGUCCUGGAGGUCCUGACCAAACCUGACCGUCUUCCAGUUGGCAGAGUGCAGAUCACCGAAUUGUCCCAGCUUUCUCCCAGCCAUCCCAUCAGUGGGUUUUUCACCAUCGUUUCACCAACAGCUGAUAAGCUGGGAGAGCUCCAGGUUUCACUUGUUCUCGAGCCUCUAUCAGACACCUACAAAGCCAGCAGCUCUGAACCAACCGCAGCUGCAAGUUCAGAUAUGGCUCCUGUUCCAUCACAGCGAGUGCAGAUUACUCCUCCUGGCCAAGAACCUGUUAACAAAAGCAGGGUCACAGCUCCCAGCUGGGGAAAGGACCAUUCAUUCUUUCAAGAGGACUCUGAGAACAUAAAGAACGUUUCCUCUGCUUCCCAGCACCGCCUCAUUUUACCAGAUGAACAUUUAAAAGUGAAUCCUUCGAGUCAGCAGUCAGUGUCAUUUCCCAGCAGUGCCCAUCCUGAAGCUCCCCUCGGAACCAACACGCACGCGUUCUCUUUGCACAACCCAAAUACAAAAGACCUGCUUUCAGCUCUUUUGGAUCAAGGCAAUAAACUCCGUGAUGCCAUGGCUGCUUCUGUGAUGAAAUCCAGCCCAGACAUGGAGAUUGAACUGAAUCAAGUGCCUUCUUUUGUAAAGCCAGAUGGUUUCACAACAGCAGUGAAGAGCCCAAAAGGCUUGAACUCAAAUAUUAUGCCUGCUCUCGAGGAUCCCCAUCUCUUCACAUCGGAAGUCACAGGUCAGCAUUUAGACCUCAACUCUGAGGAGAGAGCAAUACAGUUACUGUUGGGCAGUGCUGAUUUAUCUCCUGUGCGUUUCUGGGAUCAGCCGAGUUCCCUUCUGGAUUCUCUCUAUAUUGGGAGUGAGGUGUAUGACAGUGAGCUCAAUGAUCCCCACUACGACCAGAGUCUGCUAGAAAGUCUUUUUUACACAACACCUAAGUCGGAUUCUAGUUUAAGUGAUUUCCUCAGUGAUGAAGAUGUUAACCCUUCCAAGAAAGUAAGCAAAACAAAAACUGUGAAGAAAGCUGAUGCUGUGAAUGCACAGAAGGAUUCCACUGCCACAGAUCAGGAUCAGAAGGUGAAAGAAAUUAAACCCAGCUGCUCUCCUACCAGACAACUUGCUCCUCCAGAUCUUAAUACAGAAGAAGCUCCUGUUACAUCCUUGAGUGCAGACAGGUUGGCUUUGCUGGGGAGAAUGCACUUGGCCAGAGUCAUCAUUGAGAGCCUGAGAAUCCCUCUUGAGAGCAGCCAGAUUGCACCAAGAAAGAAAGGUUUUAUGGGGAAGCCUCCAAGGCCUGUUCCAGUUAAUAAGUGUACCUUCUUCGUGGAGUACCACUUUCCUGUGGGAGCCUCCAAGAAUGAAAAAGGCCAAGUCUCAUUAACGACAGAAUUAACUCGGAUAGCUUCAAGUAAAAUCACAGAUGGUGUGGUGAAAUUCCAGCAGCGAUUUGUGUUCCCUGUUCGUUUUGGUGGAACGAUGAUAGAGCACUGGUGGAGCUCUGACCUUGCUUUUAAAAUCUACAUGCGAAAAAGCACACAAAGAAAGCCCGUGGCCAUUGGCUCAGCAGUGCUUCAGCUGUGCAAGGUCAUUCAGUCAGAACUCCUCGCUUUCAACUGUGAAAUACCUGUAGAAAAAGAGGGAGAUCAGAUACAAGUUGGACCACUGAAGUUAUCAGUAGAGCUUGCAGCUGACAACAAGGACUUCACCUGCACCACCGCCAGGAGCUCAGUGGCUGUGCAGCAGCAAGUCCAACCUCAUGCCAUAAGAAGCCCUCGGAUGGAACUUUGGGAACCCAACAGGAACAGUGUAAAUGCAGAAAGCUGCUUGAAAUAUAGCAACCACGUGGACUCAGGAACAGCCUGCACAGAUGUUGUGCAGCCACCACAGUCUAUUUCAACCCCUGUGGCUCGUAAUCUGAUGACACAAUUGCCUGCAGCUGAAGAUUGUGGGUUAUUACUGCAUGUGCUGCUGAUGGUGCCUGAUGGAAAGGAUUUUGUUGCUGAAAACAGCGGACUCUGCACUUCUUGUAACGUGUAUUUAAACUGCAAGCUGCUCAACACAGAGGAGGCAACAAGAUCUGCAGUCGUAUGGGGUGCAACGCAGCCUACCUUUAAUUUUUCUCAGGUGAUGCCUUUUUCCCUGACAUCCAAACACUUGGAGCGACUGAAGAACAACAUCAUGGUUAUUGAAGCGUGGCACAAGAUGGGAAACCCUGGCAAUGACAGGCUGCUGGGGUUGGUGAAACUGCCUCUGCAUCAGUUUUACAUCUCAUUCAAAGAUCCAAAGAUUUCCCACCUGCUGCUUCAGGCUCACUAUCCAGUGGUUGCUGUGGACAGCUACAUGCCUGUGAUAGACGUCUUUACGGGCAGUAAAAGUGGAAGCCUGAGGGUCAUUCUGGCAAUGGGCUCCGCUGAUCAGAUUGUGGCAUUGCAAAGGCUGAAGAAUGAAGAAGGAAUGGAUCCUCCCAUCACCCCACGCCCUGCUCACUUCCUGGACGCCCCUCCUACAAAGCUGACAACGCAGUUGGAGAGAGAAGGGGAAGAACUGAUGGAGCAUGUCUUUGAGAUUCAUGUGGAGAGUGUGAAAGGACUCACACCCCUACAGUCCACAGUGUGGGGGGAGGCUGACUGCUACGUUCAGUACUAUUUCCCAGUGCAAGAGUCUGGAUCUGGUGCGUUGCCAGGUGUUGAACGGCACACGGAUGGCAUCAAGUUGAAGCCUUUUCGCACAGCAACCACUUUAUGUGUUCCUGAUCCUGUCUUUAAUGAUGAGCAUCAUCAUUCACUAUUGGUUCCAGCUGAUGUUCCCGUUCAGAGGCUUCUGGUCAGUUCAUUUGUGGCACCAGGAGCAGUUGGAGGAGGAAUCCAGUUUGAAGUCUGGUGCAGGUAUUAUUACCCAAAUGUCAGAGACCAGAUGGUUGCCAAAGGGACCUUGCCUUUGUCACGGCUGUGUGCCAUGAUAACCAUGCAGCAUCGUGAAGAAAUAGGAAUACAGACUUUUAAUCUUCCAUUGGUCCCCAGGACUGAUUCCUCAGAAGAAUUUCACCUGCGUUCUUCAGGCUUGCUUGAUGUGAGCGUGAGAUACCAGCGUUCUGUGAUAACAGCAGGAAGAACUGCUCAAACUGCUUCUCUUUCUGUACAAAUACACAGAGCAGCAGGUUUGCAAGCAGCAGCCAGAGCUGUGGCAGAAAAGAACCCUUCGGUCCAGUACUAUGCAGGUGUUGGAGUUAAUGCUUACGUUUCUGUGCACCUCUCCUUCCUACCUGAGACAGAGAGGCACAUCACACGAGCUGUGGCUCGCAGCUUCUGCCCAGAGUUUGAGCACCAUGUGGAGAUCCCUUGUAAUCUCAUCAUUCAGAAAAGCAGCGGAGAAGCCUCUUGUCUGGGGGAGCUCCUGCAGUCUGCCAGCAUCACCUUCUCUGUCUACCAUCAGAGCGUCAAGUCGGCCACCGAUGCACUGGCAGCUCGAACCUCAAGAGAUUAUCUUCUUGGGACAGUUACAAUUCCAACCAGGGACCUGCUGAGAAGACAAUCAGGUAUUACGGGCUGGUACCCAGUUACCCUCUCUGAAGAUGUAACGCCUUCACACCGCACAAACAUCAUGCAAACUGUUGUGGGAGGACUGGAACUUUCUGUUACGUUUGCUGAUCACAAUGACAGAGAGCGUGUCUUGGAGGCUGCUCACCUUUUGGGAUGGAACGGUGAGGAAAGCCUUGAAGACAGCAUGGAUGAGAGCGAUGAAUGGGAGCCUCAUGACAGUCCAGUGGUUGUGACCAUUUCAACCCCAAGAGUGUGGCUGCCAUUACACUGUGUGCUGCUUGCAGGCGAGAUGCACAUGAGUAAAAGCACUUGCUGCUACCUCAGGUAUAAGCUGUAUGAUCAGGAAGCCACGUGGACUUUGCUUAAGAGGCCAAAAUUGUGUGAAGACAACAAGAAUGUUACAGUGAACUUUAAGAAAGGCCACAAGGUGACUCUCAGGAAGAGCCGAGGGCUGAUUUGGUUCUUCAGGGAGGAGAAAUUAGAAAUCCAGGUGUGGUGGGCAUAUGGCAAAGAAAAUGGUGUGGAAAGGCCGCUUGAUACAGAUCGUCUCAUUGGAUCUGCAUACGUUGACCUCAGAGCAUUAGCAGGGAGAUCAAGGAGAACACUGAGUGUUGGUGGGGUGUACCCGUUGUUCAGAUGCAACGCUGCAGACCUCACAGGGGCUGCUGUACGUGUUCACAUUGCCCUUUCCUCUACUUCUUCUACCCCGACCCUCACACCUCACUGUAUGAUGGAGGAGCACAGCAACAGUGAAGAUGAAAGCACAGAGAAAGCGCCUGACCCGAGCCAGCAGCUCUCUGAAAAUCAGGAUCAGAACCUGGAUGUCAGAAGCUCAGAAAUCACCAAUGGGAAACCACAGGAAGAUGACGUGGUGUUUCUGGAAAGCACCAUUGCUGUCAGCAUCCUUGUGGAAAGAGCGAUGCAUCUCAGUUUAAAAGGGAGCCCUCUGACAGAACGGGAAGUAGCAGCACCCAGUAGUUGUGUGUCAUUUGCUGUUGCUGGUGCAGAUGCUCCAAUAACCACUCCAGUAAUAGAAAACACCGAGUCACCUGUCUGGGAUUUCCAGCAACAAGCAAGAUUACCCAAAGAACUUCUGCUGGAUCCGCAGCAAACCUUGGUCUUCAAAGUGUGGCAUAAAGCAGAAUCAGAACGGGUGAUAGGAUUUGCAUCAGUGGACCUUUCUCCUCUUCUCUCUGGCUUCCAGCUGGUGUGCGGGUGGUACAACAUCACCGACUUCAGUGGGCAGUGCCGAGGUCAGAUCAAAGUAGCAGUCUCUCCCCUUCAGAGUAUAAAUAAUCUCAAAGAAGAAAGGCAGGCGAGGAUCCGCACCCAGACUCCAAGCUCUGCAGUGAAGGCCAUCUUUCCAGCACUUCCCAGUAAUGUUCCAAGCUUUUCCAAGCCUGUGUUGCCAAAGGAAAUUGGAAGUUCUUCUCAAGAACUGCCUGUUCGCAGCAGAACUAGUCCGUGUAAGGCUCACACACCUCGUCAUGAGGAGCACAUGCAGAACGUGCGCAGGUUCCAUGAAUCCUUGCAGCAAGCAGAAGGAAAUGCACAACGGGCAGCCAGGAUGGAUUCGCUGUCCCUGUCAUCACGUGCUUCUCUUCUGACUGCUCUCAGAAAAAACUUGAGUGAGCUGGAUGAGGUUCAAAGAUACUUCAGCCAGAAGCUGACCAGGUCUCUUCCUGACUUCAGUGAUGGUAACAGAUCCCAGCCAAGUCACGGAGAGCAGGAGAGUGAUCAUCAAGGCUUAGGAGCAGAGAAGUGGACUCACCGAUGCCAUCUUUUGAGAAAAUCGAGUCAGCUGGUGUCCCAGGUCAGCAGCCUCAUCAGUGGUAAGUUGUGGCUUGGUCUGGGGCUUUUGGUCAGGAGCUGCCUUGAAGCAUCUUCAGAUUCCUCAAGUAGUGGAGACCAAUUGCUGGUGUUGGUGGUCAGCAUGUGUUGAUCCACUGGGAGAAAGCUGCAGAGAGAUUUUCAAACUUCUGCCAAUAAUUAUAGCAUUGAGUUGCAGUAUUCAGAUGAGAUGGGAGUUAAGGCCUAACUUCCACUUAAAUUUCAGUGUCCAAUAGAAAAAGGGCUUAAUUUUGUUUUAGCUUAUCUUUUCAAACCACUGUGAUUUUCUCACAGCACUUGGAAUAGCAAAAUGACUAGGAAUUGAAAUGCUGUGCAG